AUGAAAUUUCUCUUGUUCUGCCAGAGGUCCAGAUUCAGCUCCUCUCUGCCCGGUUUUAUUAUUUUCUUCAUAACUUUUUAUGUUCACAAAUUGGAAUCAGCCCAGUUCACAGUGAUUGGACCCAGUGACCCUGUCAUUGCCAUCGUGGGUCAGGAAACAGUGUUAUCUUGUCACCUGUCCCCCAGGAUGAGUGCUGUAAACAUGGAGGUGAGAUGGUUCCGGUCUGAGUUUUCUUCCUUUGUGCACUGGUACCAUGAUGGGAAGGAUCAGUAUGAAAUGCAGAUGCCAGAGUAUCGGGGAAGGACGGAACUUUUGAAAGCUGGGCUCACAGAUGGAAACGUUGCCUUGAGGAUUUUCAAUAUCAGACAGUCUGAUGAAGGACUAUACCACUGCUUUGUUCAAGAUGAUACAUUUGAUGAAGUAACUGUAUUGGAACUGCAGGUAGCAGGUCUGGGCUCUGCUCCUCUCAUCUCUGUUGAGGGUCACCAGAAUGGAGGGAUCCGGGUGGUUUGUCAAUCAACUGAUUGGUAUCCAGAGCCUGAAGUACUGUGGAGAGAUCUCAGUGGGAGAUAUCUACUGUCACUCUCUGAAACAACAUCCCAAGGUGAUAACGGCCUGUUUGAAACAAAAACUGCUAUAAUUGUAAUGGAGCAUUCAAACCAAAACUUGUCCUGCUGCAUCAGGAACACCAUUCUUAAUCAAGACAAGGAAUCAGCCAUUUCUAUAGCAGAUUCCUUUUUCCCGAGGGUUAAUCCCUGGAUGGUGGCUCUGAGUGUGAUCCUGGUGGUUUUGUUUGGUUUCAUUAGCCUCACUGUUUAUCUCUUUACAAGGAAAGGGAAACGUACUGGAGAAAUUGGGAAACAACAUAUAGAAAUUGAAAUUGGGAAGCUUACUGCAGCACUUGGGUGGAGAAGAACUAGAGAAAAAGUGAAUGUGACUCUGGAUCCAGACACAGCUCAUCCCCAGCUCAUCCUGUCUGAGGAUCGGAAAAGUGUGAGAUGGAGAGACGCACGGCAGGAUCUGCCCGACAAUCCUAAGAGAUUUGACACUGAGUUCUGUGUGCUGGGGUGUGAGGGAUUCACCUCAGGGAGACAUUGCUGGGAGGUGGAGGUGGGGGAUGGGGAAUUCUGGGCUGUUGGAGUUGCCAGAGAGUCUGUGAAAAGGAAGGGAGGGAUCAGUCAUAACCCUGAGUGGGGGAUCUGGGCUGUGGAGUGCUGGUGGGGUCGGUGCUGGGCUCUCACCUCCCCUCCGACUCCCCUGCCCCAAAGCUGGGUCCCCAGCAGGAUCUGGGUUUGUCUGGACUGUGAACGUAAGCAGGUGACAUUUUUGGAUGCUGAUAAUGAGUCCCCAAUCUUCACUUUCCCACCAGCCUCUGUCUCUGGGGAGAGAAUUUUCCCCUGGGUGGGAGUAGGGUGGAGUUCCCAGCUCAGACUCUGUCACUGA